AUGGAGCGAGGAUCGUAUUCAAGGUUGGACCGAGUCGACGAAAUUCAGAUCGAGUUAACUGAACAACCACGAUCCUCUCCCACGCGUGAAUCGUUCAAGACUGGCAGUGCAAAAGCAAACCAGAUUGAUUACGUGCUUGUUUACGAGAACGAAAGGGAUAUCUGUGAGCUUGAUGAAGAAUCUAUUCAAGAACGGCGAAAGCGUGCAGGAUGGAGAUAUACGUUUGAACGUUGCCUUGAAAAUAGGUUUGGAUUAGUUUUGCAGCGCAAGACGGAGGUCAUUGACGAGGAUCCAGGAAAAGAACGUCAUUUUGUACUGAUCCACGCGCCUUGGGAUGUGUUGGCACAGAACGCUGAACGGAUCAAACUGAAGGUUCCUCUUCAAGUAAACGACGUGGUAUUUACAAAUUGGCUGGAAGAUAUUAUCGGCACCUCAAGAGUUGAGAAACUGAACAGUAAAAACCCUUUAGUUGUACAUGAUUCUACUUUGGAAGAAAAGCCCAAUUUUUUUAUGGCCCCGUUUAUGGAAGAUCAUUUGAACGAAUAUGUGAACCACGAGGAUGAGGAAGGCUUUUUCAGUGGAACGGAUCGCAGCUACAUUGUUCAGAAUUUGCUUCAAAACGCACGCUUUGCAAGGGGGCCAAAUGGAGUAGGGCUACAGAAGCUUCUCCUUGAUAAGGUCUACAUCGCUGGGUACCCACUUCAUGAUGGGCCGGACUCAAGAGGUGAAGGAGAGGCUCCGAAAAAUAAUCGACAGAAGUUAAGGGAAGACUGGGCACGAUUUGGCAGAAGUCUCAAGUACCAACCGCACGAUGCCAUCAAAGAUUACUUUGGUCAUGAAAUUGGCCUGUACUUUGCCUGGCUUGGAUUCUACACCGCCAUGUUGGUUCCACUCGCAAUUUUGGGCUUACUCGUGUUUAUCUAUGGAAUGGCGUCAGCAGGUUCCCACAUUCCGGUCCGCGAUCUAUGCAAAGAAGAAAACAGAGGCCGUUGGUACAUGUGUCCGCUUUGCGACAAACAAUGCAGCUACUGGAAUCUGGCACCAGACACUUGCAUGUACGCAUACAUCACGCACUUUUUUGAUAACGAUGGAACCGUGUUUCUUGCCUUCGUGGCGUCCAUUUGGGCCACGCUGUUCCUUGAGUUUUGGAAACGUCGUCAAGCUACCCUUGCUCAGGAAUGGCACACAACAGAUUUCGAAGGAGACGAAGAACAACUUCGCCCUGAAUACAAGACAAGUUUGCCAGAUGAGCAAUUGCAGUUGUUACUGUUUAAGAGAAACCCCGAGACCGGCAAAAUAGAACCAGCGGUAUCCAAAUUUAAAACGUACCGCAGAUAUGGCACUGUCAUCGGAGUAGUUCUUUUCAUGAUUCUUCUGGUUCUUGCGGCAGCUAUUGGUGUUGUUGUCUACCGUGCGGCUGUUUUUGCCGUCUUGAGCAGCGACGACGACAACAAAGUGCAAAAACGUGCUCGCAUUAUAACAACGGCAACUGCAGCUUUUCUAAAUCUUAUAGUAAUCAUGCUUCUGACCAAAGUUUACAUCAAGCUGGCAAUCUGGCUGACUGACUGGGAAAACCCACCAACAGAGAGCGCUUAUAGAGACAGCUUUACAUGGAAAAUGUCUUCAUUUCAGUUCGUCAACAACUAUUCCGCCAUAUUUUAUAUCGCGUUCUUUAAAUCGGAUUUGAUUGUGGGGUCCCCGGGAAGGUACAGAAGAGUGUUAGGGAAGUAUCGACUGGAUGGGUGCAGUGAACAAGGAUGCUUUUUGGAACUUGCUGUUCAGCUUUUGAUCAUCAUGGUGGGAAAGCAAAUUUUCUUCAAUAUAUUCGAGAUGGCAAUGCCGUAAAAUGGCCGUGGCCGAUAUUUGAAUCUGAUAAAGAAUCGCCGAAAUAAAAAGAAUCUAGACGAUUGUCCUCAGUACGAAAAAGACUUUGAUCUGACGGCAUGUGAAAAGCACUACAUGUUCUGGGAAUAUCUGGAAAUAGUUUUGCAAUACGGCUUUGUGACCAUGUUUGUGGCUGCCUUCCCCCUCGGUCCACUGUUUGCACUCAUAAACACAAUCAUCGAGAUCCGUAUAGACGCCAUCAAGUUCCUGUGUUACUUUCGCCGACCAGACGUCGCCCGUGUCGAGGACAUAGGAGCCUGGUACGACGUUCUCGAGGCACUUACCAGGGCGUCCGUGUUGGUGAACGCAUUCAUACUGGCAUUUACUUCAGAGUUCAUCCCCAAACUCCUUUACAAGAUCAUGUACGCGCCUGAUCGCGAUUCCUCUGGAGGUGGUACGUUGAAGGGGUAUGUUAAUUCUACCCUUGCGUUCAUUGAUUUGAAGACCCUCUACUCGUGGGAAAAAGGCACACAGCCAGACAACCCGAGGGAAAACCUAAAUUACACAAGAGACUACUGCAGGUACCGCGGUUAUCAUGACAACGUCUACCCAUACGGCUACUCCAGGACGUAUUGGCAUCUCCUUACCGCUCGUCUGGCGUUCGUGUUCGUUUUUCAAUUCAUCGUGUACACCAUCACCGGUUUCAUAGCCUGGCUAGUACCCGACAGACCUGAUGAACUUCAGUUCAAAGCGGAACGAGAGAAGCAAGUCAUCAAGACGGUGUUUCAAGACAGCGAAGACUACAGUGACAUUGACGAGUACAGUGAUAACGAUGAUGACACGGAGGAAUUUGAAGAUGCCAAACAAUCCCUUCAAUCCUUUGAAACUCAAGGGUGAUACUUCGUUUCAAUUUCAGCUAAACUCCCGUCCAAACCUUAGCCGUACUUGAUACCUUAAAAUCAUGAGCGUAACAGAUUUAGUUUUGUUUCAGCUGAUGUCGGUUUCUUCUUGUCUUCAUCUUGUAAAACUGACGCGAUAGGAGCUUUUGGUCGCUUAGCUUAGCUUGUAGCCGUUGGUUGUUGUUUUUAUUUAUGCGGACUGGUCGGGAUAUUCUAAUUUUCAUUGGUUUGUUUAAAAGGACUUACAUUUGUAAGACGAUAACAAUAACCGAAUAUAAAAUGGUAAGUAUAACGAUUUUGGCUGGUUGAAUACUUUUCCUCCAUCACCCUUUGCGCGUUCAUCCUCGUUCAACUUAUCUCCUGUGAAAUAUAUUUUGCUCGCAAGGAUCAGGCGCCAUUUACAAAAUUGCAAAUCGCUGAUCCCAGAAGUCCUUUUUCCCUCCUCUCUUUUUAUCGCGGUCACGCAUGCAGGAGAUAAAUUCAGUCGGAAUGAGCUGCGAAGAGCCGACGGCAAUAAGGACUAUUAGAUUUCUGGUGGUGGUGCUAUUGCUUA